AUGAGCUUCACAAAAAACCUAACCCGAGCCCUAAACACCACCCCCCUACGACAACAACGCAGCACAACCACUUUCCCCUACGCCACGCACGAGCCCCUCGAAUACCAACUCAGCAGACUCUCUCUAUCAAAAAUCAAGCAAGAGUCUGCCCGGCCAGAGCCCGACCUGCGUCAUGUCGUCGGGUAUGCGUCGGUGAAUCGCGCCGCGGGGGAUAAGAUGUACCAGAAUCUGGUGCGGGGGGUGGAGCUUUUACGGACGGAGAGGAGGGCGAAGGGUACUUCGGAGAGAAGAGGAAGUGGUGGAGACGAGGUGUUUUGGGGAGGGCGAGUUGGAGGGAAGGGGACGGCGGAGGAAGAGGAGCUCGAAGAGGUUGAGGGAGGAGCGGGUUUAGUAGCUCUGAGGAUGGGAUAG